AUGAAACAGAGAGUAAACAUCCCUACCAAAAGAUUACCAGGUCUGGAAACAAUGGUUCAUUGUGAAACCAUGGAUGUAGCAGAAAACAUCCUGAAGGGCAGCUCCCCAAAUAUGAGCAAACAAGAGAAGCAGACCCUCAAAGAUUUAGCUCAAAACCCAGACUUGGUCAUCAAAAAAGCAGAUAAGGAUGGGGCCUUAGUGGUUCUGAAAAGAGAAAGCUACAUAGCAAUGGGAGAAGCACAUUUAUUAGAUAAAGAAACAUACAUACCAAUAGACAACCCAAAUGAAGCCCUACAGGCAAUUAAGAGAGAAAGCAAGAUCCUAGUAAACCGGUUUUAUACAUUAGAUAAUGCAGGGAAAGAUUGUAUGAACAGGAGGAGCUUCUUAGCAGGCCAAAGAGAUGCUUUACUUGAACAUGACCCAACAGUCCCACACUGGUACAUACUACCAAAAACCCACAAGAAAAAAGAUCCUGAUACAGGCCUAUGGCCAGGUAGACCUGUUUUGAGCGGCUGCAAUGCCCCCACCAGACCAGUGGAUAGACUGCUAACUACAUAUCUCACUCCCUUGUUGGAGCUCCUCCCAGAAAGACUGCAAGAUACCACAACCUUUUUUACGGAGAAUAAGCACACUCCAAAGGAGGAAGCCUCUUGGGUUGUGGCAAAUUUCUAUGAAAAGAAUUUUGCAUUUGUCAAAGAAAAGCUUAAAAUGGAAUACAAUAUCAUAGCCCCACCUCCGUACUUAAUAAAAGAAGGAAUAGACCAUGUCUUACAAGGCACACUCCUAAGAUUUAACAAUCACUUCUAUAACCAAGGCAAAGGAACAGCAAUUGGAGCUUCAGUCUCAGUAGCCAUAGCUGAAAUCUUUGUACAUGCCAGCAUAGAAGAGAGAAGGAGAAAACUAGAAAAACAGCCAGCAAUUUUCUAUAGAUAUAUUGAUGAUAUCUUUGGGAUUUUCACUGGCACAGAGGCAGAACUCAUGGAAUACCACCAGGAGUUGAAUAAGAUACACCCAGACUUAAAAUUCACAUUGGAAUACAGUCAAAAGGAGCUGCCAUUCCUUGACACUAUGGUGUAUCUGGAUGCAGAAGUAUCUGCACUUCCAAUCAUGCCAUCCUCCAAGCCUAAAAAGAUCCUUACCCUACUCUCAGGCACUGAGAAUCAAAAGAAUAAAAGAGUCCUGAACUACUCUCUGAAAGAAAUAUGGGAAUGGGUAGUAGAAAAUGCUAAAGGAACCCCAUGGGAAAAGAAAUUUACGGCCUCACAUCCCAUGAUAGCUUGGAGAAAAGGCAAAACAAUAGCUGACCACCUGGUCAGAGCAGAAUUCCCCAGGCCUCUCAAAAAUAAGUAA